AAUUAUCAAAAUGGCCGCCGAAAGCCUUCCGUGUUAUGUCUUAGAAAAUUUAUUUUCUUAUUUAGACAUUAAUGACCUACGAAAUUGUUCUUUAGUCUGUAAAUCAUGGUACAAGUUUCUAAAUGACGAAAAUAAUGACGUUUGGAGACUUCAUUGUGUACGAAAACUAGCAGAAGAGGCGUUGAAAUCUGAUAUUUUGUCAAAUUGUCCGACUUAUAAAGCGAAACUGCGUGCAUUUUAUCAUGCAUGGAAUCCGAAUGAUUGCUCUAGAAACAUAUAUAUUAAACCAAAUGGAUUUACACUUCAUCGGAACCCAGUUGCUCAAAGCACUGAUGGGUGCCGAGGAAAAUUAGGCUUUAAACAGGGUCGACAUUGCUGGGAGGUUGUGUGGGAGGGGCCACUUGGUACUAUAGCAGUUAUUGGACUAGCAACUAAAACUGCGAACAUGCAGAUUCAUGGAUAUUCAGCAUUGCUUGGAACAGAUGAUCAGUCAUGGGGAUGGAAUUUAGUUGAUAAUCAUUUAUUACACAAUGGAGAUUCACAAGGAAAUUUUCCAUUGUUGAACAAUGCUCCCAAGUAUCAGGUUGGUGAAAGAAUACGUGUGAUAUUAGACUGUGAUGACAAUACGUUAGCAUUUGAGAAAAAUUAUGAAUUUCUAGGUGUGGCUUUUCGAGGACUGCCCAAUGAUACUCAACUUUAUCCAUCAGUUUCUGCAGUGUACGGCAAUACAGAAGUCACUAUGGUUUAUCUAGGUCAACCGCUAGAUGGAUGAUGUUUGCUUAGCAUAGAAAACAAAUUACAUUUUUUAUACUUGGUUUCAUUCAUUACAAUGUUGUGUAGCACUGAAAAGUUUUACAUGUAAUACUGUCUUUGUACAGAAGGUAUGUAGGAGAAAAAAGAACAUGCACAGAGGCUUAUUAAAAAGACAGUGUAUGAGGUAAGUUGAGAAGUUGAACGAAAUAACUGACAGCUGAUUGGUAAAAGAACUACAGCUGAGAAAAAGAUUAGAAGAUAUUGGGUAAAGAAACUACAUGUAGCCUUACUAGAAAUAGUGUGCGUAAGUGAAGUGAACAUAGCCAACAUAAAAGAAAGUCUCUAUCAUUAAGAUCAUGUACACUUUCAAAGGCGAGAAAAAAAAAUAGCAAGGGGAAAUAACUUGUGCAUGGAAAUAUAGUGAUUUCAGGGCAAGGUUGAACAAAUUAAUGCUGAUUGCAGUGAAGAGUUGCAGGGACAGAGUUUAAAUAUAUGUGUGCAUUGUAUUGUUUACUAGUAGAGAUAGAUGCUGAAAAUCUCUUGUGUCUUACAUGUAGAUGUAUAACUUGCAUGUAAUUUGAGCCGCGUCACGACAAAACCAACAUAAUGCGUUUGCGACCAUUCGCGCAGACUGAUCAGGAUCCAUGCUGUUGCUAUCAGUAUCUCUACUUGUAAUAGGGUUUGUAAGCGAACAGCAUGGAUCCUGAUCAGACUGGUCGCAAACCCACUAUGUUGGUUUUGUCGUGACGCGGCUCAAUUUUCUUUUUGUAUAUUUUUGUGAAUCUGCUGACUGACUGAUGAAUUGAUAGUUUUUGAUGUAUUUAGAGUAAAGUGAAAUGAUGAUGUUACUGUAGAUUGUAUACUUACAAAGUUCUACAUGGUUAAUAAGUUAUGAAAAAAAAUAUUUGUGUCAAGAGAAAAUGAAGAAGUCAAGUCGUCCUAUUUACUCAUAAAUCAGUCUUCAAAAUUAGCAGCUGUGAAAACUUAUUAACGACUAGUCCGUAGGGUAAAAUGUCUCAAAAGGAUGUUAAAACAAUACAAAAAACAACAAGAAAUAGAUACAUAGUAAAUUAUAUAAGCCAAAAGUUGUGACACGUUCACAACUGAAAAAAAAAAGUUUCAAAAAGACUGAGAGGUCUUUGUCAUUAACUUAGAAUAAUACACUAAACAGAAGUUCUAAGGACUACAAUGUACCUAGUUGUGUGUCCAUGCCAGCUAAAUUAUGGUCUGUUUCUUUAACUAUUAGUUUAUACUAAUUUAUUUUAGUUUGAUUUUGUUGGAAGCUAUAAGCUUAUUUAAACACUCUAAGAUUUGUUCCUUAUACCAACCAGUACUAAGCAAUGAGUGUAAAGUUUCUUGUUCUCAGAAACAAGGGCUUGCCCCUGAUGGGGUUUGAACCCCAGCAAUCCUUAGAUUACUAGUCAGACGCGUCGACCACACUGCCACAUUAGUGCCUACUGUAAUCCAGCAUUGUUAUGUAAGGUCAGAUACUCUACCUUGUAUGCCAGUACUAUUGAUGUAAGAAACACUAGGAUUACCGAGCAUCUGUAAAAAUUUAUAUAUAUUCCAUUUGAUCUAAAUAAUGGCUGUAAGGCUGUAAACCAAGCUAAGACAAAUAUCUGUCAUUUGAAAAAAUAAAGGGAAAUAGGUUAAUAAGUAAAUGAGGUUGGGGCUGUCAUAAUUCUGUUGUAGAUUUCAAACAUUUUGUUGUGACAUACUUUUUCAUUAUUUCUUAAUGAUGUAGAACUUAAUAGAAUUGAUUCUUUACUGUCAUGAUAGACUGUAAGAUUUAUAUACUAGUGUAAUAUCAGAGUUGUGGAACAUUGUAUUAUUGUUGAGUAUAUCUGUUACUGUAUGUGAGAAUUUUGUAAAUCAUUAAAAGCAAACUUAUCAGGGUUUUAUUGAAAGAGUUUUAUACCUACAUUGUAUUCAUAAUAUGAUUUUUGUUUUAGAAAUAAUUAUUAUGAGUAAAUAAAAAAUUUACACAUUUUAGUGUUGGAUGUAGUACAUGUUUAUGAUAUGCAUAAGGGCACAUAUGUAAAUUAAUUGACACUCCUAGUCAUGUUGUAGUGUUUUUUUUUAUCUUUCUGACAAAUUUUUCUACCUUUUUGACAAAUCAAAUAAUAAAUUUUGGGAGAAAAAUGAAGAAAAUAGUAUCAUAUUAUGAGUUGAUAUUCACAAGAUAAAAACAGGGGAUUAUAAAGAGAUCAUGUGAUCUGCUAAAACAAUGUAUUAAAGGAACUCCACUGAGGUAUAAAGAGUCUAGAUUCUAAGAAAUGAAAAUUGAAUUUCUUACAAAUGUCAUCAUGAACACUUUAGAACAGAAGGAUGUGCAAAAAAUAACAAAGAAAUAUACUCGAAAAAACAAGUCGAAAGUCACAUAUUUUUGUGCUAUUUUUAUCCCAAUUUGUGUGAAAAUCAUUGCAUCAUUUUUCAGUUUUGGGUCAUUUUCCACAUUUAGAAUAAUCAGUCUUGAAAAGCAAAGUGAGCAAAUGAUCUGAAAGUUUGUACAUAAGUAACUGUUAUUGGGCUAAACUUACAUCAAAUGGAACAUCAAGAAAUUAAAUUCAACACUUUUUGGUUUUGCUGAAUUUUAUAAAACCAGUAUGAAAAUGAAAUUUAGGAAAACUGCUUACACCUCUUUCCUGUUAUAAUAACAUUUCAGAUAUGGCUUUUAAAUUUUACACAUAAUUCAUGCAAGAUCAACCAACUGUUUUUGUAACUUUUUUAUAUGUUUUGUAUAAACUUAUAGAAAAAAAUCACACACACAUGCAAAACAUAAAAACUAACUUAAAACUGUACAUGUAUUUUUGGAUAAUUACAUUGAAUGUACAUGUACAAGAAUACAUCAAGAAAGAAUUAUAUAGGAGAAAAGUUAUAAAAAACAUGUUAUAUAGACUCAGAUAGAACAUGCAUUUCAGGAGUUUCCGUCUUAUUUUUCUGUAUAACAGCAUUGUAAGAUUUUUUCUUAAAAUAGAAUAUGUGUUAAUUUAUGUUUGUCUAAAAAGUGCUAAAACUCUAUUUAAAGGAGUUGCCGAUAAUAAUCAUCAAUACCCACUAUAAUAGGGGGAUGGUUGUAGAUAUGUGGUUAAAAUCCUGUUUUUGUUUACUGGUAAUUCUUCGAAGAAUGAAAUAUUUUUUGUUUAAAGGCCCAUUAUGCCUCAGAAAUGUUGUAAUUUUUAUUUCUCAAAAGUUUUUAUUUAUAUGCGAUGUACUUUUAUAGUUUCAAAAAAGUUGCUCAUUGGCCAAUUACAUGAAUAAUCUGUUUCUUUUGUUGCUUUUUGUCAAUUAGUAUAGUUAUAGUGAUUUUCAGUAUUUUGCAUGGAAGGGAAAAUAAUACUUGUUUACGAUACAUUUUUCUACUUUUAUGCCAAAUAAUAUCAUAAUUCAGAGCUACUCUGUGGUAACUAGCAUCGAAAAUGCUUUAAAACCAUUAUUUAAAUGUUAUAAUACUCAUGUUGGCCGUUUCUAAAGUAAUAAAAAUUAAAUUGUUUAUGAGGCAUAAUGUGCCUUUAAGAUGAUUGUGAUUUUGUUUAUUGCAAUAAAAUGUAUUUUGAUGGUGAAAUUACUUUUCGACAAAAUGAGUCUACCAGAAAUGUGCAAUGUUAGAAUGAAGAAAUAAGAGUGUAGAAAAAGAACAAGUUUUUCUAAGAUUGUUUGUAACUUUUAUUUACAAAGUCUUUGAAUAUUAGCGAAUUAAGGUGCAUCUUUACUGUCAGGACCUUUUCCAGCAUUUUUUGGAAAAGGCCCCAAGCUUAAAUUGGGAAAAUUAUUUUACAUUUUGAGAAAUUUACGGAAAUUUUUAAAAGUUGGAAAAAAACUAACUUAACCAUGCCUGUAAAUUUUUAUAUAUUUGUAUGGUUAUAAAACCUAUCAUUUCUGUUGAGUAACAAUUCAGAAAAGUUCAAUUUUUCCCAAAAAUUAAAAAAAAACAGUUUGAUUGUUUUUGUCUGCUGUUGGAAGUUUUUGUUUUAAAAUUUGAGGGAAAAAAAGAGACUGUUUUGGAUUGAGAAUGGAGUCCUAUACAUUUUCAGCCUCUGUUGAUAGGAUGAAAAUACCCUAACUGUUGUCUUCUCAUUCAGGCAUCUGUACAAUUUGUGAAUAGACUCAAACUGUUGCCUUGGCAUUCCAAGCUUUAAUAAUUAUAUAGAAAUACCUUAAAAUUAUGGUGGGAUGUGUGUAAAUGUUCAGUAAUAUUCUUGAAUUUUUAGAUUCUUAAAUGAAAAGCAAAGUUUAGGGUUUUUAACAUUUUAAAAUUGUUUGUGCAGUGGUCAAUACCAAAAUUAUAAAUAGGGCACACAUAUUAUAUAACUUUAGUGAUGUAAGUAUAAACUUGUGUAGAGAAACACCCUUUGGUCAACAAAGAUUUUGGCUGCUGCUGAGAGUUUUUUGCUCUACAGAGGUUAGAUUUAUUUUGAAGUCCUUUCUUUUGGAAAAAAAUGAUACUGUUAAUACCAAGAGGGUGACUCGCCUUUUUUUUAUUGAAAUUUGAUUGUUCUUACUCAACCAAUACAGCCUUGGAUACACUUAUUUUCUUUAUUGUUAAAAAAAGCCAAGAAUUUUUUUUUAAACAAGCUUGCCAGAUUAGCUAAUCACUAGUAAGCAAAAUGCUGGGCCUGUGAUCCUGAGAUUUGUCAUUUUCUUACCUAAUUAAGUAACAUAUAUACAUGUUUAAUCCUUUUUAGCUCACCAGAACCGAAGGUUCAGGGUGAGCUUUUUAUUAUCAAAAGGGGAUACUCCGGGGUCCGUUGUCAUGCGUCAACAAUCAUCUUCUCUGAAACUGCAGGGCAGAUUUACCUCAAAUUUGGUCUGGAGCAUCCUUGUGACAGUCACACUUAAAUUUGCUCAUGUCAUUUCAAUUGUCCCCUUUUAGGGGUCAACAGAGCUGAAAAUAGAAAAACCUUUAAACAUCUUCUACUACAGAACUAAUUGAUGGAUGAUCACCAAACUUUGUCUGUGGCAUUUUUAGGUAGUCUUUUAUCAAGUUUGCUCAUAUUGAUUUGAGUGCCUCCAUUAGGGGCUGCUAGAGCUUAAAUGCCCCAGGCCAUGGCUUUUUUUUAAAUUAUGGUUGUAAGAUAUUCUAUGCUCAACUUUAAUAUUAGAAAAUAUUGACAAUAGAUACACAGUCUCUUUAUAAAUAUAAAAUAAACAUGUUUUGACUUCACAAAGUAGAUAUAUUAUGUUUUAAACUCUUCACACUACAGGUGGUCACAGUAUGAAUAGGCCUAUAUAGUGUCAUAAAAAAACUGGCUGUUUUUUUCCCCUUACUUUUGGGGGGGGGGAUUUACGCUUGUCCAUCCAUCCAUCUGUCCUUCUGUCCGUCCUCAUUUUGUGUCGCACAUAGCUCAAAAAUAUGUUGACCUAGAGUCAUGAAACUUUACAGGAAUGUUGAUCAGCAUGUGUAGUUGUGCACCUGGGUAUUUUCGUGUGGAUAUAUUUAUUAAUCCCCUUUUUCAUAGCGGAAAGGGGAUUAUAGGAAUGGCUUUCGUCUGUCCGUUCUUGUCCGUCCGUAACACUUUCCUGUCAGCUCCAUAACUUUUAAACUAUUGAAAAAAAUUUAAAAUAACUUGGCACAAUAUUCACCGUAAUGGGAUGAUGUGCAGAGCACAAAAAUUGGGUUACUACCCCCCAAGGUCAAGGUCACACUUAAGGUCAAAUGUUAAAAAGUCUUCAUUUCAUAAUUAAAAGUCUACAUUUUGUGUUCACUUCAUAACUUUUAAACUCCUGAAAUUUUUUUGAAAUAACUCGGCACAAGUGACCACCAUAAUAAGACAAUGUGCAGAGUGUUAUAAUUAGGUUAAUACCUACAAGUUCAAGGUCAGACUUAAAGGUCAAAUGUUAAAAAGUCUUCAUUUCAUAAUAAAAAGUCUACAUUUUCUGUCCCCUCCAUAACUGUUUAACUGCUUAAAUUUUUUCUUAAAUAACUUGGCACAAGUGAUCACCAUAAUGAGACAAUGUGCAGAGCGCAAUAAUUGGGUUAAUACUCACAAGGUCAUGGUCACACUUAAAGGUCAAAUAUUAAAAAGUCUUCAUUUCAUAAUAAAAAGUCUGCAUUUCGUGUCUGCUCCAUAACUUUUAAACUGCUAAAAAUUGCAGUUUGGUAUUUUUGUGUGGAUAUAUUUAGUAUUUUUAGAGUUAUUGCCCUUGACUUAGUAAAAAUUUGCAAUUUUCAACUUGUGUAACUCAAAAAGUAUUUGACCUACAGUCAUGAAACCUCACAGGAAUGCUGCUCACCAUGUGCAAUUGUACACCUGGGAUUGCUUGUGGAUUUACUUGUUUUGUCAGAGUUAUUGCCCUUGACUUAAUAAAAAUUUGCAAUUUUCAACUUGUUUUGCAUGUAGCUAAAAAAAGUCCAUGGCCUAGGGUCAUGAAACUUUACAGGAAUGUUGAUCAGCAUGUGUAGUUGUGCAUCUGGGUAUUUUCGUUUACAUGUAUUUAGUAUUUAUACAGUAAUUGCCCUUGACUUAUUAAAAAUUUGCAAUUUUUAAAUUGUGUCGCAAGUAACUCAAAAAGUAUUUGACAUAGGGUCAUGAAACUUUACAGGAAUGUUGAUCAGCAUGUGAAGUUUUGCAUCUGGUUUUGCUUGUGAAUUAAUAUGUUUUGUCAGAGUUAUUUCCCCUGACUAAGUGAUAAUUUGCAAUAUUCAAUUUGUGUCAUGCGUAGCUCAAAAUGUAUUUAACCUAGAGUCAUGAAAUUUAAGAGGAAUGCUGGUCAGCAUAUGUAGUUUUGCACCUUAGAUUUUGUUUGUGGAUUUAUCAAGUAUUUGUAGAGUUAUUGCCCUUGACUUGGUAUAAAUUUGCAAUUUUCAACUUGUUCAUGCACAGCUCAAAAAGUACAGUAUUUGAACUGUACGCCUAAAAGUUUACAAGAAUGUUGGUCAGCAUGUGUACUUUAUGCACCAUGGGGUUGGCUUGUGAAUUUAUUCAGUACUUGUAAAGUUCUUGCCCUUUACUUAAUAAAAAGAUUUUUAGUUUUUAACUUGUGGCACAUGUAACCCAAAAAAUAUUUGGCACAGAGUCAUAAGAUUGACAAAACAGUGGAGUGUGGGGGCACAAGUGCCCUAUGGACACAUUUCUAGUUUUUAUAGAAAAGACCAACUUUACUUGGCCUAUAAUAGGGAAUGCAGCUCUCCAUACAUAGUUAAUUAUUCUUUUAUCUAAAUUAGACUUACUCAGUAAGAAUUUCAUAGAUUUCAAUAAAUUUCUUUGAUAGAAAUAUUUUACUCAAGGAUCUUUCAUAAUGAAACAAGUCAUCUUGGAAUGUCUUCCAUACAUGUGUAUAUUAUGUUAUGCAAUUUAUCCAAAAAAUGUUGCUUUAGAAAUGAUUUGAGGUCAUGUGUUUUGUAUCUGAACAGUAAACAUAUCUGCACAUUGUCUUUCAUUUGUAUAGAAAAAUAUCUAUUUCUGGUACUAUUAAGUGUUUACAAGUUAAGCUAGGUAACAAUGCAAUAAUGUGUAAAUAUCUUUCAGCUCUAGAAUUCGGACAGCAUAUUGCAUCAUUGUAGGGUCAGUUGUAGGUCAGAAUAGAGAAUUUUCCCCAGGAAAUAAAAUUAGACCUAUUGAAAGAUUACAUUUAUUUCCUUUACCUUACUAAAAAAGAUGAGUUUGUAUUUUUAUUAUUGAAUUUUGUUAAAAAAUGUUGAACUUUUGAAUUGGAUUCAAACUUUGAGAAAGCACAUUUCAAUUAAAUUUUAGGACAUACUGUUGAACCUGAAGUUUCAUGUGAAUUUUGGUAUCAGUUGAGCUGUUAAUGAUAUUUUUGAAACCAUUUCACCUACUUUCUGGUUUUUUGAUGUACAGACUUGAAAUUUAAACCAGAAAUGUAAUUUCUGUUGCGAAUUGAAAUUUUGACAUGGGGUUUAAUUUCUGAUCCUGAAUAGAAUUAUGAUAUGAACUGGCCUUCUUUGAUUUUGCUUGACCUCCUUAUUUUGUCUUUUACAGACUUAAAAUUUGGAUCAGGGGUGUAAUUUGUGUAAUUUUUGAUAAUGAAUUGAAUUUUGAUAUCAGCUGACCUACUUUUGAUAUUAAUGUCUUUUUUUAGGCACAGUUAAGUUACCAUAUAGAAAUUAAAUUUUCUGAAUGUGUAAAAAAAUUGUUUUCCCAAACUGUUCAAACAUCUAUACCUUAUGUAUUUUGCAUGUGACAUUUUGUGAAUUCAUUCACAAAAGUUUUAUAAAAAAUUGUCCCAUCAAAAUUAAACCUGCUCUAGUAGUAAUUUAUUCUGCCUUUAUUGUACAUAUUAUCAUAGGUACACACUUGCAACACAGAUAUUUUUAACAAAGCCUUUCCAAUAUAUUAGGGCAAAAUAUUUCAAUUUAUAUUUUGAAUAAUGAAAUGAUGGGUUAGAUGAGUGAUCUAAGGCCAUCUUAGUGGCCCUUUUGUAUAUUUUGAAGAAAAGAAACCAAAACAGUCAGUGUUGUGAAAGUAUAUUACAAAUGGGGCAAGUUCAAGUUGAGCUGAACUUGCCAAAAGAGCUGGACUUGCCUUUAAGCAUGUUUAUUUGAAAAAUAAUUUCCAACACUGAAAAGCAGUUGUUUCUGGUGAACGACUCAGGGCCAUUAUGGCCCUCUUUGUUUUAGAAUGUUCUUUUUAGAAUGUCAAGAUUGAAUCUCAGAAAUGGGCAUAACCCAUCAAAAUGGUUUCAACUAUACUGGUUUGUUGUUUAUACCUGCAGUAUACAGCCAGGCCAGGUUGUAUACUGUUGACUGCUGUGUUUAUCAAUACAUGACUUUUCGUAUCAAGGGUUGACCACAAAACUGUUGCAAGUCUUUUUUUUACUUCAUUUAUGUUAGUUACUGCAGUUUUGUUGUCAACCCUCGGUAUAUCAUUUGGAUUUAGAAAUCCCUUAAACUUGCAAUGAUCUGUUUCAUAUUCAAAGGAGAUCAGUGGACAAGUGGUUAAGGUGUCUGCCUCUUAUUACAGGGAUCGUGGGUUCAAACCCUACUGGCAACACAACCUUGUUGUCUCAUAUAUAACACCCAUACUUGUAAGUUUUCAGGAAUUGGACUUGAAAGUGGUUCAGAUAUCCGGAAAGCGUUCUUCUUCAGAAUAGAGCUUAGAUAGAUAACAUAAUGUUAAAUCCAAAUUUAAAUAUAUAGUAACUAAUAUGAUAGGAACAUACAACAUUUCUGAAAACAUUUAGAAUUUUAUUAAAACAUUACUAUUUUCGGGUUUGCACCACCUAUUUUCAUGAUGAAUUCAAAGGCAAACAAACCAUCUUACAUAUUCUGCAGGUAUGGUUUGAAAAUUAUAUAUUUAUUAUAGAACCUGCAGUAGCAUAGAUUUUAUUAGUCCCCUACCGGUUUACCGGAGGGGACUUUAGGUUUACCCUCCGUCCAUCUGUCCGUCCGUCUGUCCGUCCGUCUGUCUGUCAGUCCGUCAGUCCGUCCGUCCACAAAACUGGAUCCCGCGAUAACUUGAAAAGUACUGAAAAUAUUUUUAUGAAACUUGGUAUAUGGAUAGAUGCCAGUAUGGAGAUUAUGCACGUCUUUUUCUUUUCUUCCUAUGUUGAAAAUUCUGGUUGCUAUGGCAACAAAUAGGCUAAAAAUAUGGCAAAUUUUACACAUAAACUGGAAUUCCAGUGAUAACGCAAAAAGUACUGGAAAUAUUUUUAUGAAACUUGACAUAUGGGUAGAUGGCAGUCUUGGAAUUAUGCACGUCUUUUUCUUUUCUUCCUAUGUUGAAAAUUCUGGUUGCUAUGGCAACAAAUAGGCUGAAAAUAUGGCAAAUUUUACACAUAAACUGGAUCCAGUGAUAAAGCAAAAAGUACUGGAAAUAUUUUUAUGAAACUUGACAUAUGGGUAGAUGGCAGUCUUGGAAUUAUGCACGUCUUUUUCUUUUCUUCCUAUGUUGAAAAUUCUGGUCCCCUACCGGUUUACCGGAGGGGACUUUAGGUUUACCCUCC